AGGUAGGGGCGCGGCUCCUCGUGCCCGUUGGGUGCUCGCGCGUCACGUGGCGAGGAAGGAGGCGGAGGUCCUAGUUUACAGGGAGGGGGGGAGAGAAGAGGGAACGAGCAAGGGAAGGAAAGCGGGGAAGGGAGGAAGGAAACGAACGAGGGGGAGGGAGGUCCCUGUUUUGGAGGAGCUAGGAGCGUUGCCGGCCCCUGAAGUGGAGCGAGAGGGAGGUGCUUCGCCGUUUCUCCUGCCAGGGGAGGUCCCGGCUUCCCGUGGAGGCUCCGGACCAAGCCCCUUCAGCUUCUCCCUCCGGAUCGAUGUGCUGCUGUUAACCCGUGAGGAGGCGGCGGCAGCGGAAGAUGGUGUUGCUGAGAGUGUUAAUUCUGCUUCUCUCCUGGGCGGCGGGGAUGGGAGGUCAGUAUGGGAAUCCUUUAAAUAAAUAUAUUAGACAUUAUGAAGGAUUAUCUUACAAUGUGGAUUCAUUACACCAAAAACACCAGCGUGCCAAAAGAGCAGUCUCACAUGAGGACCAAUUUUUACGUCUAGAUUUCCAUGCCCAUGGAAGACAUUUCAACCUACGAAUGAAGAGGGACACUUCCCUUUUCAGUGAUGAAUUUAAAGUAGAAACAUCAAAUAAAGUAUUUGAUUAUGAUACCUCUCAUAUUUACACUGGACAUAUUUAUGGUGAAGAAGGAAGUUUUAGCCAUGGGUCUGUUAUUGAUGGAAGAUUUGAAGGAUUCAUCCAGACUCGUGGUGGCACAUUUUAUGUUGAGCCAGCAGAGAGAUAUAUUAAAGACCGAACUCUGCCAUUUCACUCUGUCAUUUAUCAUGAAGAUGAUAUUAGUAAGUACUUAAAUUUUGUCAAUGACAGAGACAAAAGGAAGGAAUGUAAGAGGGAAGAAAUAAUUGAAUUGCAUGAUUCUGGAACAGAGUGCACACCAGGAGAAUCUAAGAAUUUGGGGCAAAAAGAAAAUGGCAAUUACAUCAUGUAUGCAAGAGCAACAUCUGGGGACAAACUUAACAACAAUAAAUUCUCACUCUGUAGUAUUAGAAAUAUAAGCCAGGUUCUUGAGAAGAAGAGAAACAACUGUUUUGUUGAAUCUGGGCAACCUAUUUGUGGAAAUGGAAUGGUAGAACAAGGUGAAGAAUGUGAUUGUGGCUAUAGUGACCAGUGUAAAGAUGAAUGCUGCUUCGAUGCAAAUCAACCAGAGGGAAGAAAAUGCAAACUGAAACCUGGGAAACAGUGCAGUCCAAGUCAAGGUCCUUGUUGUACAGCACAGUGUGCAUUCAAGUCAAAGUCUGAGAAGUGUCGGGAUGAUUCAGACUGUGCAAGGGAAGGAAUAUGUAAUGGCUUCACAGCUCUCUGCCCAGCAUCUGACCCUAAACCAAACUUCACAGACUGUAAUAGGCAUACACAAGUGUGUAUUAAUGGGCAAUGUGCAGGUUCUAUCUGUGAGAAAUAUGGCUUAGAGGAGUGUACGUGUGCCAGUUCUGAUGGCAAAGAUGAUAAAGAAUUAUGCCAUGUAUGCUGUAUGAAGAAAAUGGACCCAUCAACUUGUGCCAGUACAGGGUCUAUGCAGUGGAGUAGGCACUUCAGUGGUCGAACCAUCACCCUGCAACCUGGAUCCCCUUGCAACGAUUUUAGAGGUUACUGUGAUGUUUUCAUGCGGUGCAGAUUAGUAGAUGCUGAUGGUCCUCUAGCUAGGCUUAAAAAAGCAAUUUUUAGUCCAGAGCUCUAUGAAAACAUUGCUGAAUGGAUCGUGGCUCAUUGGUGGGCAGUGUUACUUAUGGGAAUUGCUCUGAUCAUGCUAAUGGCUGGAUUUAUUAAGAUAUGCAGUGUUCACACUCCAAGUAGUAAUCCAAAGUUGCCUCCUCCUAAACCACUUCCAGGCACUUUAAAGAGGAGGAGACCUCCACAGCCCGUUCAGCAACCCCAGCGUCAGCGGCCCCGAGAGAGUUACCAAAUGGGACACAUGAGACGCUAACUGCAGCUUUUGCCUUGGUUCUUCCUAGUGCCUACAAUGGGAAAACUUCACUCCAAAGAGAAACCUGUUAAGUCAUCAUCUCCAAACUAAACCCUCACAAGUAACAGUUGAAGAAAAAAUGGCAAGAGAUCAUGUCCUCAGACCAGGUGGAAUUACUUAAAUUUUAAAGCCUGAAAAUUCCAAUUUGGGGGUGGGAGGUGGAAAAGGAACCCAAUUUUCUUAUGAACAGAUAUUUUUAACUUAAUGGCACAAAGUCUUAGAAUAUUAUUAUGUGCCCCGUGUUCCCUAUUCUUCGUUGCUGCAUUUUCUUCACUUGCAGGCAAACUUGGCUCUCAAUAAACUUUUACCACAAAUUGAAAUACAUAUAUUUUUUUCAACUGCCAAUCAAGGCUAGGAGGCUCGACCACCUCAACAUUGGAGACAUCACUUGCCAAUGUACAUACCUUGUUAUAUGCAGACAUGUAUUUCUUAUGUACACUGUACUUCUGUGUGCAAUUGUAAACAGAAAUUGCAAUAUGGAUGUUUCUUUGUAUUAUAAAAUUUUUCCGCUCUUAAUGAAAAAUUACUGUUUAAUUGACAUACUCAGGAUAACAGAGAAUGGUGGUAUUCAGUGGUCCAGGAUUCUGUAAUGCUUUACAUAGGCAGUUUUGAAAUGAAAAUCAAUUUACCUUUUUCUUAUGAUGGAGUUGGUUUUGAUACUCAUUUUUUUCUUUAUCACAUGGCUGCUACGGGCACAAGUGACUAUGCUGAAGAACACAGUUGAGUGUUGUGCAAACUGGACAUAGCAGCAUAUACUACUUCAGAGUUCAUGAUGUAGAUGUCUGGUUUCUGCUUAGGUCUUUUAAACUUUCUAAUUCAAUUCCAUUUUUCAAUUGAUAGGUGAAAUUUUAUUCAUGCUUUGAUAGAAAUUAUGUCAAUGAAAUGAUUCUUUUUAUUUGUAGCCUACUUAUUUGUGUUUUUCAUAUAUCUGAAAUAUGCUAAUUAUGUUUUCUGUCUGAUACAGAAAAGAAAAGCUGUGUCUUUAUCAAAAUAUUUGAACAGUUUUUUCAGCAUAUCAUCACUGAUCAUUGGUAACCACUAAAGAUGAGUAAUUUGCUUAAGUAGUAGUUAAAAUUGUAGAUAGGCCUUCUGACAUUUUUUUUCCUAAAAUUUUUAACAGCGUUGAAGGUGAAACAGCACAAUGUCCCAUUCCAAAUUUAUUUUUGAAACAGAUGUAAAUAAUUGGCAUUUUAAAGAAAGAGAAAGCAAAAACAUUUAACGUAUUAACAGGCUUAUUGCUAUGCAGGAAAUAGAAGGGGCAUUACAAAAACUGAAGCUUGUGACAUAUUUAUUGCUUCUGUUUUCCAACUACAUCAUUUCAAUUAGAAGUAAAGCUAUGAUUUUCCUGACUUUACAUAGGAGGCAAAUUUAGAGAAAGUUGUAAAGAUUUCUAUGUUUUGGGUUUUUUUUUUUCCUUUUUUUUUUUUUUUUAAGAGUAUAAGGUUUACACAAUCAUUCUCAUAAUGUGACACAAGCCAGCAAGGCCAAAAAUGCUAGAGAAAAUAAUGGGAUCUCUUCCUUGUAAACUUGUACAGUAUGUGGUGACUUUUUCAAAAUACAGCUUUUUGUACAUGAUUUAGAGACAAAUUUUGUACAUGAAACCCCAGAUAGACUAUAAAUAAUUCUAAACAAACAAGUAGGUAGAUAUGUAUGUAAUUGCUUUUAAAUCAUUUAAAUGCCUUUGUUUUUGGACUGUGCAAAGGUUGGAAGUGGGUUUGCAUUUCUAAAAUGGUGACUUUUAUUCUGCAAGAGUUCUUAGUAACUUCUUGAGUGGUAGACUUUGGAACAUGUAAAUUUUUUGCUUGUAAUGUUAUCCUGUGGUAGGGUUUUGGCAGGUACACACACUGCCCUAUUUUAUUUUGAGUCUAAGUUAAAUGUUUUCUGAAAAGAGAUACAUGCACUGAACUCUUUCCACUGCGAAACAAGAUGUGGUAAAAUAAAAGGAUCAAGAAAAAUGAGAUCUAAUACUACUGUCAGUUUUAAUGUCCACUGUGUUUUAUACAGUAUCUUUUUUUGUUCACUUUGGAAAUUUUUACUAAAAAUUGCAAAAAAUAAAGUAUUGUGCAAAGAUGUAAGGUUUUUUGAAACUUGAAAUGCAUUAAUAAAUAGACUUGAUUAAAUCAA